AAUAAUAAUAGUAAUAUUUGUCGUCUCUGUCAUCCUACUAAAACCCAUCUGCAGAUGAACGCCUAUGGCAAAAACCCUUUUCGUUUCCGUCUGGAAUCCACGAAGCACAGUGAUGUCUGCUCCGAAGUUCAUGUAUUUCGGCACUGCAAUCUCCCGAACUACAUCCAGAGCUCUAUCGCCACUCCUCUUCCCGAGAAGACUCCCGCCGAAGCUCAUAUCUUUGAUCAAGUGCAGUUCUUCUACAGGGCUUGAUUCCGCCAGCAGUGGCGGCGCUGAUGCUUCUCAAUCCUACUCCGGCCUCACUCACCACCCCUGGCCUGAAUGGGUUUCCUUCGUCGACGGUCUGAGGACCAAGGGUUACUUGGUCGAACCUAAUGUAGAAGAUGCGAACGGAGAUGGGAGCGGCGGUGAUGUAGCUACGACAUCUGUGAAUGAUUACAACGACAUGAAUGUGUUGAAGGAUGCUUGUCUUAACUUUGCGCGCGAACGCUACGAUAUUUUCAAGUCAUUGUCCACAGAUGAUAUUCAAACCCUUGUGAAGGAUGGAUGUCCCAAUCUCUUCCGGAAAGUUGUUAAUUCAGCUAAGAGAUUGAGGGCUUACGUGCAACUAGACGAAGGGGACGUUUGUAGUACUUGCAAUCUUCGAGGCUCCUGUGGUCGAGCUUAUGUUAUUUUAAAGGAAACAGAAGCAACUGCAAGAACUGUGGAUGUAGCUCGAUUAUUGUUGACCUAUGCAUUGGAGCCAGUUGUUUUGUCUGGAGGGGACAAACCUCCCGGUAGAGAGCGUGUCGAAGUCUCUGCGAGAAAAUUGCUUUCUGAGCUAUUGAAACUGAGUGAAAAACCCAUCGAUGCAUCAGCCGUGAAGCCCAAUACGAAAUCUACCCGAAGAAAAGAAAAACCAUCAAAAUUUACAGAUGAUGCUUUAUCUCAAAAUGUUGAGAUGAAGAGAGGAGAUUGGAUGUGUACAAAAUGCAACUUCUUGAAUUUUUCGAGAAACAGAAAAUGUUUGAAAUGUAACGAAGAUGGUCCUAAAAGAGUUCGUGCAGAUGAUAUUGAAAUGAAAAGUGGAGAUUGGAUCUGUUCAGAGUGCAACUUUAUGAACUUCUCAAGAAACGUCAACUGCUUAAAGUGCAAAACCGAGAGGCCGAAGAAGAUUGAUGUCGGCGAAAUUGAAAUGAAGAAGGGAGAUUGGGUCUGUCCGAAAUGUACAUUCAUGAACUUUGCCAGUAACAAGAAAUGUUUGCGUUGCCGAGAACAUCGCCCGAAGAGGGAAAUGAAUCCAGGAGAAUGGGAAUGCCCCUCGUAAGUUUUUGAAUUAUAGACCAAACAUGGUCUACCGGAAGUGUGAUGGUGAGCGGCCUAAAGGAGGAGCAAGUGACGAGUACGAGGAGCAGCUAUGGGAGUCACCAAGGGGAAGAUGAUGUCCGAAGCCGACAAAUUGAUUAAAAUUUUGGGAUGUUUGGUGAUCAACUUCCUCUCCUCUUCUCUCUCUUUUGUCACUAUCUUCAAAGAGAUUUUUUUACUUAUCAAAAUUAAAAUUAUUUCCAA